CUGAUAGCUAUUACUUACCAUGUACAAAGCCCAAAUCUUGCAAAAAAUUAAAUCGGUGGCAGAAGCCCAUAAGAAUAAAGUCAAAGAUGAGUCCUUCCGUAAGUAACACAUGAGCGCGAAGCCACAAAUAGGUUAUAGUGUAAACAUCGAGUGCAAGGAUUGCAAAACACUCGGACAUUUCAACAAGGCAUACCAUGAAUGCAAGUUUUACAAAGCAGUUUCUGCGGCUGAUGUUGGAAGUAGCGGCAAGAAACGUAUGCAAUCAGCUACAAUCAAGGAAGAAAAGAAGCAAGCAAAGAGAAAGAAGAAGCAAACAACUGGAGAUAUCAAGUGUAUCAGUUGUGGCUUAAAGGGUCAUUCUACUUCUCGUUCUCUCGAAUGUCCCAAUCACAUUGCUUCAAAGGAAGAAAAAAGUUGCCAAGGGUUAUACAGCCCAACUCGAACAAUUCUGUAAAGUCUUCAACUUCAAAAAGUUUGGCUUUAAGAG